AUGACCGGACUGAAGGACGCCAAUGUGCCGUAUACAGGCAGCUGCAACCCGCCUCGCCGUGCGAAGCGUCCGCGGACUGACACCGGCAACCCGACGCCCGGUGCAGCACACGACGCGGCGUCGUCGCGGACCCCCGCGAGACGUGCACGGCCGGCCAUCCUCCCCAAGAGCCCUGUCCCUGGGACCGGCUCACCGGACGCACUCGACUCGGACUCUGGUGACGAAGACGACUACGAGCCUGACGCACGCGCCACCACCCAGCGCCGCCGCGGCCGCAAGCCCGGCGCCUUGUCGCGCUCCGCCCGCGAGUCCCUCCGCAAGCUCAACCACUCCCGCAUCGAGAAGGCCCGCCGGACCAAGAUCAACGAGACACUCGCGACGCUUAGCGCACUCGUCAGCGAGGCCGACCAGGAGCAGGCCAAGGACGCAGGCGAGAAGCCAGGCGAGACGAAGACAAAGGGCAGGACAGAGGAGAAGGAGUUCAAGCUGGACGUGCUCGUCAAGACCGUCGUGUACGUCCAGGGGCUCAUCGACAAGGUGCGCACGCUCGAGGCCGCCGCGGAUGCCUGCCUGCAUUGCUCCCGUGAUCGCGUCGCGGGAUCUACGCCCGAUCUGAAGAGGAAGCGGCCCGCAGAGCAGCACGCCAAUAGGGACGUCGACAUGACCGUCAACGUUGACGAGGAGGACGAGGAGGACGUCGAGUACGCCGGGGACGACGAGAAGGGCGACGGCGAGCCUGAACGAGACUCGCCCACUGGCACGCUCCCGGACCACUCCCCCGCCCUUACCGCCACGGCAGCUGCGGCUUCCACCUCCACCCGCGCGACAAUCUCACCGCGCCUCCCGCCAAUCGCAGCGUGGCUGCCACACCCCUACGUCGAUCCGAGCUGCAUCGCCGCCAUGUCAGACUCUCGCGCGGCCGCGACGUCGCAGCUGCCCUCGCCCCCGCUCUCCGGCCCCUUCCGCGCUGCCAGUAGCGUCGCCGCGCGGGACGUCCCCGCGCUCGCGCUCCCGGCACCCGCGCACCCUAUCGAGCCAGUCAAAAGGGGAGCGAACGCACCUGACGAGCGCCGCCCGGGCGCGCACUCGCGCUCGCCGACGUGGACGCCGGAGGACGAGACGGCCGCGUCGCUCCUGCUGCAGAUGAGCAGCUCGCCGGCGUCGAUGCGGGCGAGCUCCGCCCCGAUGAGCUCUGCGUCGAGCGUAGGUACGUCGGCGUUUGCGCUCCCGAAGGCAAUGGAGGCGCCGGCGCGCAGGAUGUCGAUGACCCGGGGUGGGGAGCAGGGUCUGGCCAAGGGAGAGAGCGCAAAGCAAAGCGCGAGGAUGAGCGUCCAGGCGGAGACGCCGAGUUCACUGUUGGGCUUGGGACGGUGA